UUCGAUUGGGUACCCUAUCAGAUGUACAUACAGCCUGGUCUGCUCCCGGACCAGUGUACACGAGACCGACGUCUCUGGAUGUACAAGGGGUGGAUCUUUUGCUGGAACAUCCGAGAACCCCACCAGCCUGAUAGGGUGCUCCGCCAGUUUGGGUGUCACCAGCCCACCCCACAGACGUCGAUCAUUACGUGUCUGGCCGACUGGGAGGUCCACCACAGAGGCCAGGGCAUGACUGGGAGGGCAUAUACCGAUUGGCGGGCCUUCCAUUCUAAUAUUGGGAGGAUGUGGACCGACGAGAGACAUCAGAAUGUCCUCUCAGAUGUACCGGUGGAUCACUUCCUGCAGCCGACAAAUGGGUAUACUGAGUGGUAUUACAGUAGAACUGUGAGACUACUCACUGACCCUAACAACUACGCGACGAUCUCACAGGGCGGCGGGUAUCAGCCAUAUGCCGACCGGGAGAAGUGUCAG